UUGAAAGUUUAGCACUGUGUUAUUUAAUCAGCAUGCACAAGUUCCACCAAAAAAGUAUUCUACGGUAUUUCACUUCAUCAGCCCUCCGCCAGCAUUAUCAGAACGGUCUAGAUGAUCCGAAACUAGCCCACAUCAGGGAGCAAAUUGAGGCAGACAAGAAGAAACUUAAAUGGCGCCUGGAGUACGGCGAGCGGCCAGAUGCAGUUACCAGUAACUUCAAACUUUUCGAAACUUCGAACCGCAACUCGGAGCUGGUGGAACUUUUGCAGCAACCGAUUGAUAUAUCUCCCUCGGGGCUAAAACAAUGGUGGACCAAGCGUAGAAGCGGGAUAUCGGCUCAUAUGCAAAAGUUUAUCCCGCAAAGACAUGCGAUGCUGGGACCAGACCUAGCCACUGCACAUUUUCUCGUCCAUCGAGGCGGUUCUGUGAGAUUCAGAGGUCAAAAAGACUGGAUCAAAAUGGAUGAUAAGGAAGAAUACGACCUUCCGAAUACGUUUGUCCAGAAUCUUGUACUCGAAGAAAUCAAAUGCGACGGUAUUACUCUAUUCUACGAAGGCAUGGAAAACAUCCAAAGGUUGCGCUGUCUGACGAAUUUGUCGUUUAAAAAUGUUACUAAAUUCGAUGAUUGGUAUUUGGACCGGUUGUCUGGUUCGGAGUUGCCUGCGCUCGAAAUCCUGAAUCUGACCGGGACGGCCGUCACCGAUAGGGGUCUAAACUGUCUGUACCGUUUACCGAGUCUGAAGGUACUUAUAGUUGAUGACCCCGAAAGGGACAUCAUGUGGAAGCUGAGUGUGGCUUUGUUAGAAGAAUGGAACCCAAAAUUAGUGGUAAAAAGGGAAUAAAUAAAUUGAGUGUUGUAAGCUGAAUCAUUAAAUUUAGUUGAAAACGGAA